CCCUCCACCCAUAGAUUAGAUCGUGAACGUCUAGAGAGGGGGAACUGGACGUCAUUUGGCUCUGCAGUGAGAGAACCGUGGAGACGCUGGUACGCAAGCGGUGCUCCGCCCUCGGUGUCUCUCAGGUGCGCGGCUGUACUUGUGUCGGAGAAGCAUUGCGGAGCUGCAGGGAGAGCAGAGGGGAUACAGUCAUGUCAGACAGCGGGAAUGCUCAGUCACUGGACGAAGUAUCCCACGGCGAGGAUAGUACGAGCCGGGUGACGAGCCCAAGUGUGGGCAACAGAGUGACCGUGGUGCUCGGAGCGCAGUGGGGCGAUGAAGGGAAAGGAAAGGUGGUGGACCUGCUGGCUCAGGACGCUGACAUGGUCUGCAGAUGUCAGGGGGGCAACAAUGCAGGACACACGGUUGUGGUUGAUUCAGUGGAAUAUGAUUUCCACCUUCUACCCAGCGGGAUUAUCAACCCUAAGGUCACUGCGUUCAUUGGUAAUGGUGUAGUCAUUCACCUGCCGGGUCUAUUCGAGGAGGCUGAGAAGAAUUUGCGGAAAGGAAAAGGUCUGGAAGGCUGGGAGAAAAGGCUCAUCAUCUCUGAUCGUGCACACAUCGUGUUUGAUUUCCAUCAAGCUGUGGAUGGAGUCCAGGAACAGGAGAGGCAACAGCAAGCUGGCAAAAAUUUGGGAACAACUAAGAAGGGAAUCGGCCCCGUGUAUUCAGCAAAAGCAGCUCGCAGUGGCCUGAGGAUAUGUGACCUUCUGGCUGACUUUAAGGAUUUCUCAGAGAGAUUUAAAAAUUUGGCCUCGCAGUAUAAGUCUAUGUACCCUUCACUGGAGAUCGAUGUGGAUGGGGAACUUGCGAAACUCAAGACAUAUGUAGAUAGGAUAAAGCACAUGGUGAGAGAUGGAGUCUUCUUCAUGUAUGAGGCACUACAUGGACCUCCAAAAAAGAUCCUGGUGGAAGGCGCCAAUGCUGCCUUGCUGGACAUUGACUUUGGGACAUAUCCUUUCGUGACUUCCUCAAACUGCACUGUGGGAGGGGUGUGUACGGGUCUGGGCAUGCCACCCCAGAACGUUGGUGAAGUCUAUGGAGUAGUCAAAGCCUACACCACGAGAGUUGGGAUUGGGGCUUUCCCUACUGAACAGAGCAACGAAACCGGAGAGCUCUUGCAGACGAGAGGCAAGGAAGUGGGCGUGACCACAGGUCGCAAAAGGAGAUGUGGUUGGCUGGAUCUGGUGCUUGUUAAAUAUGCCCACAUGAUUAAUGGCUUCACUGCCAUAGCUCUCACCAAACUAGACAUCUUAGAUAUUCUUCCUGAGAUCAAAGUGUGUGUGGCAUACAAAUUAGAUGGUGAAACCAUCCCACAUUUCCCAGCAAACCAAGAAGUGCUACAGAAGGUCGAAGUGCAGUAUGAGACUCUGCCAGGCUGGAAUACAGAUACGUCUGCUGUCCGGACCUUUGAUGAGCUUCCAGAAAAUGCAAAAAAAUACGUCAGCUACAUCGAAGAUCAGUUGGGUGUGCCUGUGAAGUGGAUUGGUGUUGGGAAGUCAAGGGAAUCAAUGAUCCAGCUCUUUUAAGAGGCUGCUUGGCCUGCAUGUAGCACUGGCUGGAUUAUGCCCUGGACUCGGGGACUCUGUGCCGGAGACGGGAAGUUGCCUUACAGCCCGUUUAAAUAGAGUAUUUCUCUAUAUUUUGGCAUCAUGUAACUGUUGCUCAUCUGUUCUCUGGUAUUUCAAGCUCUCGUAAGCUCAGUAUCUCCAUAUUAAGUUCAUACGCUGUACAUGUGCUACUACUUCAAAGUCAGGCAUCAGACGUUGUUAUAUAUACAUUUUUCACACAGCUAAAAGAAGUACUUUAACAUUUUUAAUGUUUUUGUUUCUUUUAUCAUACAAAAAUGGUUAUGCGGUGUGUAUUGCCACAUUUUGUCUUCGUUUUAAAUGAACUGUAUGGUAGACUUGUUCUAGUCGACUUUAUUUAAACGUACAGUUUUUAAAAGACAGUUUAAAUGUUUCUUUACCAGAAUGAUUACAAUUCACAAUUCAGAAAUAAGUAGAAAAGCAGUAGAAGUGAAACGUUUUAUUGGGACGUUUUCAAAUUUGAAUCUGUUUUAAUCUGCUCCAAAAAUAGUAUAGAACAAAAAAAUAAUUAUAAUUUGCCUCAAGAUACAGAAACAUGCAAGAGUUUAAGAAUACUAUUAUGCAGGCUAGGGUCUCGAUUCUAUUGAAUGUAUGUAAAUGUUUGCACAGUCCUCAGAUGUUUAUUGUUCAACUGUACAACUUUAUGCCACAAGCAUAUUAAAGCCACUUUAAUUAUCAGUACUGAGAUAUCGGGAUACUGAUGCCUUUCAUUAUAGAUUGUCAAAUUAUAGACAUUUAUGUGCGUUGAGACACCACCUCAGGACGUAUAAUUCUGUUUAGCCAGUAAAACGCACUGAUGAUUAAACUUCUUCUAUGGUUGCUAGCUGCUGCAGGAGGUCAUCUGGUGUUCUGACCUCCAGUAGUACAUUUAUAGAACCUUGUUAAAUGUUACAGGUGUUCCAAACAGUCGAAUGUAAGAGUCACUAGAGCUUGUCUGUUUAAAUAUGACUGGGUUGUUUCAUAAACCCAGAUUUGCUUCUUUAUUCUGUUUCGUCUCACCUUCAGUACUGCACCUUCCAAUAAACAAGUAAUAUAGGAAAAAGUGUGCCUUGUUAAUACAGAUGAACAAUGAAACUUGAAAACUACUUCGAUUGAGCUUUUAUGGAUUUUAAUUAACUUCAAUAUUUCAGCUUUUCGAUGGCAUUAGUGUUAUUGCCAUUUGCCAAAAGUGUACAUGCAUCCAAAGAAGUAUCUGGAUAAAUGAAUGCUGUGAUAUAAAGAGCCUUUGUAAAUAACCCAGAAUGAUAACGCUUUUUUUUUCAGAUUGAUGAUGGUUUGAUCCUUUGCGUUUUCUGUUGCUGAAUAAAUGAUAUAACCGGUUUAUUGUUCACUAGCGUCACAUUUCACAUCUUGUAUUAUCACAACAUUUCCUCUGAAUCAACCAAAUCUAGUCGGUGCAAGGAUAGGACAGCUGAAACAUUCAACAACUGCAUGUUUGCACAUAAACAUGUUUUUCUGUGUUUGAAACCCUUGAAUUCUGUGUUGUAUUGCUGCUGAUUGGAUUUUCGUGUAUGUAUAUAACUUACAGAACACAAAGCCAUAUUUUCUUGAAUUUACUGUUACUGUACACUUUGCUGGUGAUGGAUACUGAUGGACGUGCAUGUUCAUAGUGGGAUUUGCUCAAAAACUCACUCACUUUGUAAUUUAUCUUAUCAGACAAUGGAUGACACUUCAGUUAAUAAAGUAAUCUAGUCAGAAACAUU